GGAAAGGAGUUAAAAAGAGUAUAUUAAUAUUGGUAUUUGGAAACUAAGAGGUGAAUGAAAUGACGAGUACUAGGGUGGUUUCCAAUAUUUAUCCUGGAUGGUAGAGUAUUUAAAAUUCUCUAUUUGGGCGGAGUAGUGAGUAGUGAGUAGCAUCUAUCGCUCUCUCUCUCUCUCUCUCUCUCUCAGUCUCUCGUCCCAUGGGCAGCGGGGCAUUCAAGCAGUGUUCCUUCACAUUGUUAUUCCAUUUGUGGCUCCUUCUCAUCAUUUCCAGCAAUCAUGCCACUGCUCAGCGCUUCAAGCAAGCACCCAAAUUCUACAACUCCCCCAACUGCGCCACCAUUCUGCAACCAGAGGGCCACACGUGUUCCGAGGACGCCGUCCACGUGGCCAUGACACUCGACACCACCUACCUCCGGGGCUCCAUGGCCGCCAUCCUCUCCGUCCUCCAGCACUCCUCCUGCCCCGAAAACAUCAUCUUCCACUUCGUCACCGCCGCCUCCUCCUCCGCCGCCGCCCCCCUCAACCGCACGCUCUCCACCUCCUUCCCCUACCUCAAAUUCCAAAUCUACCCCUUCCGCGACGGCGCAGUCGCCGGCCUCAUCUCCACCUCCAUCCGCUCCGCCCUCGACUGCCCCCUCAACUACGCCCGCAACUACAUGCCCGACCUCCUCCCCUCCUGCCUCCGCAAAGUCGUCUACCUCGACUCCGACCUCGUCCUCGUCGACGACAUCGCCAAACUCGCCGCCACGCCCCUCGGAGACGACCCUAACACCGUCCUGGCGGCGCCGGAGUACUGCAACGCCAACUUCAGCGCGUAUUUCACCCCCUCCUUCUGGUCCAACCCCUCGCUCUCCCUCACGUUCGCGGGCCGCAAGCCCUGCUACUUCAACACCGGCGUCAUGGUGAUCGACUUGCAGCGGUGGCGCGCCGGCGACUACACCGCCAAGAUCCAGGACUGGAUGGAGCUCCAGAAGAGAAUGCGGAUCUACGAGUUGGGGUCCUUGCCGCCUUUUCUUCUGGUAUUCGCCGGGAACAUAGCCCCCGUGGAUCACCGGUGGAACCAGCAUGGGCUUGGCGGAGAUAACUUCCGUGGGCUUUGUAGAGACUUGCAUCCGGGCCCCGUUAGCCUCUUGCAUUGGAGUGGCAAGGGCAAACCCUGGGCCCGCCUCGACGCCAACCGCCCUUGUCCCUUGGACGCCUUAUGGGCUCCCUACGAUCUUCUUCAAACUCCCUACGCUCUCGAAGCCUAGCCCUAGCCCCACUUAUCAUUACUAUAUUUUUAUUUUUUUAAACAAAUAAAGUGAAUUAUGUUACUUUGCUCCGGCAUGGCUCGUCCUUGGGAGUUGGCGCUGGAGUCGCUCCUUCCUUCCUACACUGUACAGCCACCACCCUUUCUUUUCAGCUUCUAACUACUAACAUUGAAUCCCAUGCAAUACCAAAUGGUUAUUAUAGUUUCUUCACUGCCCUCUUUUUAACCUACUUCAUUCAUUCUCUACGACCAUAUUGGAUGCAUUAUUAUUACGUGUGAAUAAGCUGAGUAUGAGAGAGGAAAAAGGAUAGAGAGUGUCGGUGACCUUGGGUUUGUCAUAACUACGCAUCUGAAAAGGAUCCUCUCUAGAUUUACUACUAGUAUUCCCAUAUUAAUUUUUCUUCUCCAA